AUGCCCACAACCCGCUCUCAGACUCACCAAUCACGACGACAACGACGCCUUCAUCAAUCUCCUCCCGCUCCUGUUUCCGCAGCGGCUCGCAAUACCUCUGCGUCAAGACGGAGAUAUUCUCUUCGUGCGAGUCAGAGACAGGAAGGGGAGACACGGCCGGGACGGAGCAGAAGAGGCAACAACGACAACCACAACAAAUUCUUCCAAGAGGAAAGAGCUGAAUCCGACAUUGAAAUAGAGGUUGAAAGCCACAAUGAGAACAAUUCCAAUGAGAAUGAAGAGGAAGAAGAAACCAGCCCAGACAAUAUGGCAUCCAUGGUUCUGGCUGCAAAGUCAAAAAUUGUGUACGACAUCGAAAACCUCGAGGUAGAAUCGAGAGCACGGGCAUUGGCGGGUUUAACCGGUCGUUUUGAUGUAGUCUACUGUCGGGAGAGUUCUCCCUUUUACGAAUUUCAGCUCAUCGAGCGCCCUCGCAUCCGUAUACGGAAUGGAGGAGCGGAUUGUACAUGCUCAGAGUACAGGAAUCGGCCGGAUAUAGCCUGUCGUCACAUAUUUUGGCUUGUGGACCAGGUAUAUGACAGCAUCUCUCCCCAAACUCCUCAUCCAGGGUUACCGCUAUCUAGAGAUGGGUUUUCUCCUACACUACCUCCUGUGCAUACGCUUUUACAGGACCGUCUAGAAUCAUUAGCAAAGGAUCUGGAGUGGCCAUUUAUUCCCGAGAACGAGUCAACUGCCAGGACCAGCAGCGGAGACACCAUCGCUGGUGGGUUGUCUCGACAAGAGCAUGUUCGCGAUAUCAUGUCCGCGUUCAAUAAGGUGACCCUUCCCGAAGACUUUCGAAGAGACCUAGUAGAACCAAGCGCAACUACAACCCCUCGUACCCCAGAACAAUGCGUUGUACAAGGCGACUUUGAAGCAACAAUCUUCCGGCUCGCGGUUCACGACGACAACGUCUACAGUAGUAUCCGGAAGGCGAUGCCGGCCGGCGCCUGCGCAGCCAUUUAUUUCGACAAGGUCCAUCAGAAGUCCCGGAAUCUAUUGACGCAGUUUGACGAGUAUCGGCGAUCGGGGCGACUGCCUAGUAGCGAUAGACAAUGGGCACGUUCAGUAUUGAACAAUGUGAGCGAAGUAGCGAGGGAAUUGCGACGGCACGUAGCUCAGAUCCGGAAUAACCUUGCGGUUCGGAUACCGUACGGAACCAAAGGGGCGGUAGAAGCGCUCAUCACGCUGCUACAGGAAGUGAGUGCGCGGAAUAUCGAUGCGUUCGAGAAUAAUUCAUGGGGUAGGGUGGCGCCUCCAGCCGAGGAUGAUGACGAUCGGAACCUGUAUGAGCAGUUGAUCGGGCAGCAGGCCAGCGACGAGGACGGUAUGGGAGACGAGGAAAGUGGUGGAUGGUUUAUAUUAGACGUUCUGGAGGAAAUCCCUGCAUCCGUGCUGGAGUCGUAUGUCUUGAAUCUGUGCGAUAUCCUGGCAAAAGUCGAGAUAAUACCUGCUCCGUCGCCGUUUCUGCUGAAACUAAAGUCAUUGAUACAUGAUGCGCAAUCGAGUCGUACGCAGCCCCGAGGGAAAAGACCGGCUGCCGCGGAUGCUGGUGGGAGUCACAAACGGACGCGAUAG